AUGGAUGACCUACCCUCCAACAAUGUAUCAUCAGCCUCCCUCGAGGAGAGCUUGAUCAUGAACUACAUGGCAUCACAGCUGCCAAAAGUCGUUGUGUUCGGCCCAGGUUCAAACUGCACGCUCGAAAUAUGCCCCCUUGACUGGAGCGUCUACAAAUACCAGCCCUCGCUCCCUGCCAACGCCACUUUUCUCGCCCUCUUCGGUCUGUCUAUGGUCAUGCAUAUUUAUCUCGGUAUCCGCUGGCGGAGCUGGUGGUUCAUGGCUUUCAUAAUUUCGGGUUGCAUGUUCGAGAUGAUUGGAUAUGGUGGUCGAAUCAUGCUCUAUAAAAACCCCUUUUCUUUCCCCGGCUUCUUGAUCCAAAUCAUCACCAUCACUGGAGCUCCUGUCUUUUUUACUGCUGCUAUCUAUGUUACCCUGUCCAAAACGCAAGUAUUCCUUUCACUAUCACGGAUCAGACCCAAGCUGUUCUAUUAUUUCUUCAUCCCUGCGGACAUUAUCUGCCUUGUUUUGCAAGCCGCCGGCGGUGCCGUAUCGACCGUGAGCCGAGGCGUUAGCCAGAGGGGAAUUGAUAUCGCCAUGGUGGGGCUCAUUCUUCAGGUCGCUAUCCUCGUUGUAUUUAUUGCGCUUUUUGGUGAUUACAUGGCGCGAUAUCUUCGAUCACAAGUCACGCAGAGGUUUACAGCGAGAGAGACCUCGUUCUUCAUCUGCCUCGCCUUGGCAACCGUGUUGAUCUUGGCUCGAUGUGCGUAUCGCUGCUAUGAGCUGAAAGAAGGUUAUACGCACUCUGAGCUGAUCACUAACGAGAGCCUUUUCAUUGUAUUGGAGGGGGCUGUGGUUUAUAUCUCGUCGCUACUACUUUGCAUUGGGCAUCCUGGUCUGAUCUUUCAUGGGACAGGGUGUGAAAAGCUUGAGGACGAUGAUGUUUCAGGUGAUCAGAUUCCGCUGGAACAAUUUGUUUACAAGGAACCAGAGGCGGAAAUUGGAGUAGCAAAAUGA